AUGUCACGCUUUAUGCCGGAAAGCUGGAGAGGAGCCUGCGCCGUUGCCUACCCACGUACCUACCAGAGCCGGUGGGAAUGCCAGGGCCGAAGACAUUGCCGGCGGAGGCUUUGGCCUGGCACUAUCUUUCGGAAGGUGGCUCCUCAGUCUGCCGUUCGGCAGGUUGUAGCUGCGCUGGCAUGGGCUCCCACCAAGGGCCGUCAGGGGCUGAUGACCCCCACAGAGUUGCAGGUUGGGGCAUACAGCCACGGCCAGCGCGUGGGCAUCUACAGCAGCACCAAGCAGUAUCCAUCCUUCUGCAGAUUGGUCAAUCGAUUCAUUCAUCACUUGUGUCCGGAACUGCAAUGGAGCACUUUCAGGAUUGCCAUGAAUGAGCGGAUGGAGCCACGGAAGCAGCCCAUGGACUCGCCGCCGGGGCGGUUUAUGGUGGCUCUCUCACACCAUGAUGGGGGAGCGCUGUGGCUGGAAGAUGGCCAAGGCAGCUCCUACGAGGACCUGCAGGGCCAUUUGCGGUGCGCCAGCGUGACCAAGCUCUCUUUGGAAGGCGUGCUUUUUCCGUCGUAUGCAAUGACGCACUGCUCCUGUGAGUGGAGCCUAUGUGACAGAGUUACGUUGGAAGCCUUUUGCAUAGGUACGGCGAUGGCGCAGAGGAGUCGUGCUCAGAUGGCAGGCCUUGUGCAGAUGCCGGUGCUAUGUUACUGUGCCACGGUGGGGUGUGGAAGGGCUAUACACUCCCCGGGGCACAGUCGAUGCUGCUCUGCUUGUGCACAUGGGCAGCACACCCGGCGCUGCGAACGAGUGGUUGCUGAGGCCUUGCGAAGGUCCCACAGUGUAUGCACAACGGAGGGCUGCGUGCUUCCUGUUGGACCGGGCCAUACGACGUGCUGCUCAGCCGUAGCAGCCAAGGACAGCUUCACCCGGUUAGGUGCCAUCGUCGAAUGCCUCGACAGCAGCUACCGCUACAGACCAUACAGGACCAGGCUUCAGUGCCGGCACAGCAUGGGCGCGGGCGGCAUCGAGCGAGUACUCAGCAGCCGAUGGUGCAACCAGCGGCAGCCUAUAUGGGGGCGAUAUCCACUGCUAAUGGAGGCCAAUCUUCUACAGGCACUGGCACUGCUCCUGGCAAUGGCCAGGGUCUUCCCAGCGGAUUGA